AUUUGUUAAUUAUCGCAGUUCGAAUUCGUAACCUUGUAAACGUAUAAGCGAGUGAGAGAAUUGCACGAUUUUAAUUAUAUUGUUUUUAAGUCUCAAGUACGACGCACGUGAAAAUGUGGAAAGCUUUAUUACUCGUAACGUUACAUCUUUGUGCCGCAAAUGAAUUCUUCGGGCCAGGAUUUCCCUUUGGAGAAGACGCAGGGGGGCCCACGCGUUUUAGUCCAGACUUGUCCAACCUAGGGGACCAGAUAAAAAACUCUGUUCACAAUCAGUUGGCUAAAUCGGGCGUUUUUUCUUUGCAAUCUCAGAUGAAGAAUUUGGGCGAAACUAUUGUAAAAAACGUUCAGCAAUCGCUAUCGCCGGUUUAUGCGAUUCCAAUAAAACAAAAAAUGAUGAAAGGGGUUGGAGGACUAACAACUGUUACGUAUUACGGAAAAGAUGUUCAGUCUUUCAUCAUCCAAGAUGGUGCUCGCACUGUUUGCAAUGGAAUUAUUGAAAACGGUCACUGUAAGGGAAGUUUGGAACCGUUCACCGUUAGAUCGAAUGAAGACUUCUGUUAUGCCGAUUCUUAUGCAGUAGUUAAUGAUCGCGUUUGUCUAUCUUUUGGUCCAAUAAAUGUCGCUGUAAUGAACAACGACAUAAUCUGCAAUGGAGCUAAAUCGCUGCUCCUUAACAAAGCAGAGUAUAACCAACUAUGUGGUGCAGGCAUUCGAGCAGUUUACGUUUACUACGCAGAUCCUCGCAAUCCUAACGCGGUUCCCAUACCAAACCCAAAUCCUAACAUCAAAUGUCACAACAAUGAACCAGGAGUCUGCAUGUUUGAAGACAUACCGCACCUAAACUCAAACACUGUUGUGUCCAACAGAAACAGCUACAGUUACUCUUACCAAUCUAAUUAAGUCUUUAAUUUUGUAUUUUUGUCUACUUGUGCUUCCUUUUUGAAUAAAUAAAAUUCUUGCAAAUACCUACGCAGAGGGAGUAGUCCCAACAA